UGAGGUUAUGUAGAAAAUGGGUAAAUUUCAUUAAACUUUUAAUUGUAAUGACAGUUAUUUUAAUAAUGAAAUUUGAUUCAUUCCUGUCCUAACGAUGGAGAAACUGGGAUUUAAAAAUCUGCUGAGAGCGGGCUGGGGCGGGGGCGUGGUCUCGCUGCUGCGACGCUGCCUCAGCUCCGCAGAGGUGUCGACGGCGCUCCGACCCUUCUACUUCUCUGUGCACCCGGACCUGUUCGGCCAGCACCCCGCCGAGAGGACGGUGAACGAGGACUCCCUGAAGCAGCUGAGCAGCUACUUGGAGACGCUCCAGCAGGACCAGCCGUCUCGCCCGCAAACGCUCACCUUCUUCCUGCGCUCCCAGGAGGAGCAGAGAGCCCUCGCUGGUUCGUUCAGGUCUGUGAAGAUCAGCCUCACGCAGCGAGACUUGCGUAAGACGGUUCUGUCGAUCCUGAGGUCGUGCGACCUGCCGACCUCCUAUGUGGACGGCAUAGCCGCCCGGCGGCCCGCCAAGAAGUCCCGGCCGAAGAGGGCGGAGCCGCGGUACAGGACGACGUACGAGGAUCGCGACACCAGCUUCGAUGCGGAGCAGAUGCAACAGCAGGUCAACAAGACCAAAGACGAUCAGACACUCGGGGAGUGGCUGGAGAGGAACGCGGCGGAGGCGCGCGGCAAGCUGGAGGCGAGCCGGCCGGUGCGGGAGGAGGUGGAGCGGCUGGAGCAGGCCCUGGUGCACGGCCUGGGCGUGCGCGCCGUGCUGGGGGACUGCGGCUGGAACGCCGCCCACUUCCGCGGCUGCCUCAUCAGCUUCCAGUCGCUGGCGCGCCACCACCCGGAGGUCAUGCACGUGCUCCGCGGCCGGACGCUGAUGUUCAGCAGUGACACGGGCGUGAGUCUCGAUGGACACGUCAUGCUCAACAGCGGAGAAGUACGCAACAACUGGCUGGACUUGCUGAAGAACGUGCAUGCGCAAGACUCGGUUCUGCGCAGAAUCCCGGCGUUCGAGCGAGCCGUGUCGACAGUUCUGCGUGACAUACAGAUUGUACGCAGGAAGUUCCAGCCCAAGGUGAUGGCGGAGAGCUACGAGAAGCACCUGCGUCGCAUGGUCACGUCCCUGAGCGACUACCAGGGCCGCCGGGGCUACCCCGGGCACUGGCCCCAGAGCCUCGCCCGCUACGAGCUGGUCGUCGAGACGGAGGCGGGCCCGCUGAUGCUGUCCCCCACGGGCCAGUUCAUCGUCCCGGCGUCCUGCCCCGCGUUCCUGCUGGUCGCGUUCGUCAGCAGCCACCUGGACGAGGCGGCUCGCCUGCUCCAGCACUACCAGGACACCAAGCACGUGGAGAGGAGCGCGCACGCGGAGUGCGUGUCGGCGUUCGGGCUGGCCGCGCUGCUCAAGGAGGACAACGUCACGCCGGACCUGAUGAUCGCGUGCUGCCGCCGCCUGCUGGCGCACCGAGGGCAGCUGGAGGGGCACCUGCGCGGCGCCCGCCUCAGGGUCGCCAGCUACUACUGCGUGCUGGCCGACGGCGACGUGUGCCUGCCCUGGGACUGGAGGCCCUGAGCCGUCACCGAGACCAGCAGCUCGAAACAUACAUUAUCGCACCCUGAGUACAAGACUAUCGUAAGCCAAAAAAAAUUCAUCUUAUGAGAUAUUUUUACCAUAAGCAGGAAAAAAAUAAUCAUUAUCUAGGCACUGCAAGACUAUCUCAAUGUCAUAUUUAAUUUUACGGGACUCACUGCAAAUAAUGUAGUGUUGCAGCCUGGAAAAACAUUGUAUAAGAAUAUGUGCAAGACUAUGGCAUCUGAGUUGUGAUAGUAGUAUUGCACUGAUUUUUGAGUUACGAUAGUCUUGUACUCAGGGUGCGAUUUGUUACGUACAAGUUCUGCUAAAGAAACUCCGACUAAUCGUAAAAUCUGUUUGUGGUUUUUUUUUUUUGAAGUUGUACUCCUGAUGUGACUUCCAACAAGGCUGCGUUAAAUGUUUGACGCCACCGCGGAGGAUUAUUUGCAUGCAAUUAAAAAACUAUUUUUUAAACGAUGUCAAAGAAGUAUAACUUCUAUAUAUUUAGGCCAGUUUCGUUUUUAAGACAAAGUGAUUUUGGUGUUGUUUUUAUUUUUUAUAAACUCUGUUCAUACUUAAAAAUAGCACCAUUUUCAACACUUCAACAAAUAUAACUAGGGACCCCAGAAAAUGGUGAACCGCGAAAUACACGAAAUACCGCGAAAUUGGGCACUAUUUCACCGUUUUCACGAAAUCUGCUAUUUUUUCACAAAACACAAAACUUUGCGCGAAAUCCACGUAAUUUCCGUUACCAAGAAUGUUUACAUCGGAUACUGUAAAUAAUCUUACUAUCAAUUGUAUUGAUAUCGCUUAACGAAAUCGAUUGUAUUUCCAACAUGGCGGCAAACGUGUAUAUUUACGUUGCCGCUAUGUAGCAGUGUUGCGAACACAAUUUUCGUGUAGUUGGUAUUAGUUCUCAAAAAUUCUAGCGCACAGAAGCGAACACAAUAUUUACGCUUACAUAAUAGUUUAAUUCUGGCCGAACACAAUAUUUUUUCGUGUGCGUGCCACUACGGCAUAAAUGUUUUUACGGUGCAGUUUGCAGUAGUGUUUUUUUUAUGACGUCUCGGUUACUCGGUAUUAAUUUCCAAGCAUCUAGUUAGUAGUGCUUAUUUUUGUGUUAAGAUGCCGAAAAUAGUUACGGUUUUCGAUCGAGAACGAGAGAUGAAGCAGGAAGGAUUUUAUAUAUAUUUGAUGUUAAGGAUAAGAUAAUAAUGUGUAAGUUUUGCAACGUUCGUGUGGACUGGAUGCGUCGAGACACAUUAAUUAUUUUUAAAUCAAGUGUUGAAUUUGUACAUAAGAAAUCAUAAUUUUUGUUUAUCUGUAUUUUCUCUUGUUUAUGGUACCUAUAUUGACUCUUAAAAUAAGAUCAAUGUUAAUAUUUUGUUGUGAUAAAGUGCUUGACUGUUCCAAGUUUUUCAGCUCAAAAUAUGUGACAUAUUUAAUGGAUUGUACAGUCUCUCCACUUCAUUUUCUUCUUAAAUUAAUGAAUUGUAAUACUAUUGUUUCUGUAAUUAAUAAUUAUGAUUACUUUUCUUCUUAUUCAGACCAUACAUUAUUUUAAUUUCCAAACAUAGUAAUAUUACAACACAAUUUUUAAAAAAAAACCAACAUUUGGUUAGAAACAGAUGGAAUAGAACAGGCUAGGGGAACACAGGGUUGCUGUAAAGGAGACAAGACCAAGAAGAAAACUAGAAACACUAAAAACUUUUUAGUGUUUGCCAACUGAGUGCAUUUUAUGUUUAACAUUAAAAUUUAAAAAAAAUUUGAAGCAAAUCAAUCCUCGUUUGCCAAUUUCAAUUUUAAUUUAAUGUAUCUCACCAAACUUUUACACCGAUUUUUAGCACCGCUUGCUUAUUUUUACACCGAUUUUUUGCACCACUUUUGUCAUUUUUUUACACCGAAAUGAGCCAGUUUUAUUUACCAUUUUCUGGGGUUCCUAAAUAUAACACUUACUUGUUCAACGAUACUUACUUCACCAAAACAGUGUCAUUUUCACUGAUACAUGAUUCACGUUAACAAUAUAAUGAUUUGUAAUAAGCAAGUCUUAACUACUGGUAACAGUAAAACUGAAUCACCGAGUAUAAGUGUGUUUGUGAAAUGUUCCUAGUCGGAAUAUAUUUUCCAAUCUAAUUAGUACGUACAUUUUGGUGCCAAGUAAUUUACGUUCUUAUUAAAAGAUCAGUAUAUUUUUGUAAUUUGGAGUUGAAUUUUGACUAUGUAUGCUUUUUAGUUUCAUGAUUUUUUUGUGAGUUCAUUAGUGCUUAAUAUUGUAGUGUACUAAUUUGCAUUUCGAUGUUACAUGGUGUAUUGACAUGUUUUUAUGUGUUAUUUCGGCUUUAUCGCAAUCCACCAUAUAGUUGUGUUCCUGUCAUUAACUAGAACAACAGCCAAGCUGUUCUUGCUCAGCUGGUAGGUGAAUGCUGUGAAACAGCAAGUGUGUAUUAUACUGUGUGUUCAAAUGGUUUACUUGCUGUUGUGUAAAUCAUUAUGUUUAUGUUUAGAGAUUUUGUUUUUGAAUAAUGCACAAAAACACUGGGUAACCACAGUUGUGAUACCUAACACACUUUGUUAAAAUGCUUGUGACGUGAACUAAAUUGCAUAUUUUAAAAUAAGUGCAAGAUUGUGAUAUACAUAUAUAUGUUUGUUUUAGCCAAUGAUACAGUGGAAUCUCAUUAAUACGAUACUGGUUAAUCCCAAACCCUCGUUAUUACAAACCUGUUCAAAUCCCUGGCAACAUGAACAGGAUGUUGUGUCGAAUAGUUAGUACAUUACAAAAUACCAGAUAAUAUGUAAUCUCGGAGUUCCGUUGUGGCCCAAAACAAGUUUCGCGUAUAUUUGAGAUCUGACAAUACAAAAGUGUUAGCGUUCUCAGCAUUUACAUUUUUUUGUAAUUAAUGACAUUUCUUUAGGUCCCAUUUACGUCUCAUUAAAUGCAAUGCAACACUUUCCCUCAAAUUACACAGUGGAAAUUACUUUCUUCCCGCUUUUAACUUCUCAUUUACUAUGUAAAGAACCUGGUGUUUAUUUACAUAAAACUUGUUAAGAUUUCUCACACAAUACAAUUUCUCAAAUAUGAUCAAAUGUUUCAAUCCCGCCAUUUUUUCUCUGUAACAUGUAUGGUGUAUGUUAUUAUUCGUGAUGUUGAAAAUGUUUAAAUAAAAUGAGAAGUAACCAAAUACGUAGUUAAUUUUUUUGCCUAAAUCUUCUUAGCGAUCUGUUAGAUAAAUAAUAAGUUGUAGCAACAUACCGUUCAAAAUUGUAAACAAUUUUGUGUUAACAUUUAUGCGGGCCAACCAUGUUUUUACUUAAGGGAAUGCUCUUAUGCAAGUUUGUAGCAAAUAGUACUAUAAGAAUUAAGAAUGCACAUAUUUUUCUUUUGUUUUGACAUUGUGUACAAAUUACUUACAUGCAACAUGGUUAUUACAUAGUGGGUAAAUUUAUGUCCCUUCAGGUAUGUGUUAGUGAGGUUUCACUGUAUGUGUGUGUGUAUAAUGAGUUAAGCCUGAAUUCAAAUUCAACAGACAAUUUUUGGCUGCAAGUUCCUAGUUGAAAAACUAUUUUUGACUUGCAGUGUAAAGUGCUUCUCAAGGCUGGUAUACGUCUUUGAAUUUGGAGCUGUAAAACUUUUUUUAUUGUAAACAAUAAAGUUUCUAAGACAGAACACUGAGCCACUGCACAGUAUGUUUAAUUAAACAAAGUUUUACUUCCAAAGCAAAUUUUGUGUCCGCAGCAAAAUUAUAUCUUCAAACUAAUGGAGGGUAAUCAUUUUAUUUCCACAUAUUGCUAUCCGUAAUUAUUUCAAUGAAAUAAUUUCUCUUCAGUGACAAAAUUUGCAGUGGUUGUAGAAAAUUAAUGCAUUUAGACAUAAUCUAUCUUAAGUGCUUUCUCUAUUAUUUAAAAUAAUAAUUUUGUUCCAUCCCAACUUCAUAGAUGAACCUAUCCAAGCCUUGGGAAGCACUUAGACAAUAAGUUGUAUUAAGUUUUUAAAUUUAUUUUGUUGUGAUGAAGCCGCAGCCGAAGUUUGUUUGGUGAAAUUCAGACUCCUCCUGUGUAUGUGUAUACAUCCGCCCCUCGAAGUAGCGCCCUAAUUCGUUCCAGGAAAACAAGAGCACUGUUCAAAUACCUAUUUCCCACAAGAGGUGUGUGUGUGUAUGAGGAAUAACUGAAUGCUCGGGCGUCGUCAGAAAUGAAAUUUACUAUGCGAAUAGCUGUUAUAAGGAAAGAGCAAAAUAAUAUUUGUUGAUUCGUCACAUUAUUAACUUGUUCCAUUGUAUUUAACGCUACACAGGUGUCGUUGCCAUUGACGCGGAAAAACCAUUUAAAUAAAAGAAAAAAAGCGCUACAUUGAAUCAAUGACUGCGCUACUUCAAAUCUUGCCAUAAUUUAUCGGUGUCGUUACUUCGAAACCGUCCAAAUCAAACAGCGUUACUUUGAGGGGCACAUAACACCCAAGUUACAUCCAGGGUUAGUUUUCUAAUUUUUUUCACCAAUGUUGAAAUAUUUUUCAUGAUUAACUUACAGUUGCUCUGUAGAAUUUAAGAGAUCUAUUAUGUAUAUCUGUUCCAUUGUGAUUUGUCGUAGCUUCAAUAGUUAUAAAUAAAAUUGUAGUUAUAAAAACAAA